AUGCCUCAUAUCCCAAACACUCCAGAAUCUUUGCUUCCUCGCUCAGAUUCCCGAAAUCCAGCGACAACAUGUAGAGGAAUUACCACACAAGGCCGGCCUUGUCGCCGCGCUUUAGCAUCUCCUAAACCAUCAUCUGCUUCUAAACCUCGAAAGAGUGAUCCUCGACAAGAAGCUAUAGACAAGGCUUCUUUGUACUGCUGGCAGCACCGGGACCAAGAUGUAUCUGCAAACUCACCUGCGAAUCCUGUCGAUACCACCAUUUCGGGAAAACCGAGGACGAGUAUUGAUACGUUAAUGGAUCGCCUGGGAGUGCUGGAGAUAAACGACGACCCAGCGCUCAAAAAGCCUAAUAGGAGGCGGCGAACAAACGAAAAUGGCAUUUAUCAACGUCGACCCAAGAAGAAGAGCACAUUUUGUUGUUUCACGAUAGUGGAAGACAGCGAUGACGAGAAACCCGUGCCGGCUCAAAAGCCUACAGCCCAUCGCCCACAAAGCGGCGUGUCUUCUCAAACCCCGAAUGGAAAGGUUCCACUACCUACCUCGACUGCACAACCGCAAAAUGGGCGUGUUACCUCUCCCAAGAAGGGGAAAUCGUCUGCAUCCUGGCUUCCACCUACACUUCCCCCAGAAACAACCUCCACUCUUCUCGCGGAACUGCAAAAACCAAUCUCUGAAGCCGACUUGGAUGGCUAUAUCUACAUGUUCUGGGUAACACCUCCUACCACCACAACACGGAGUAUCGACGGUCCCACAACAAGCGACAUAGCAUCAUCUCUUCUCCCGCAAGCCGAAGCCACAGAGAACAGCAGAGGCCUUCUCCGCCCACCACCACAAUCUCGCAGCAUCAGCGAAGCUCUCCGCGCAGCCCAAGAUCUCAAUGCCCUAAGCUCCAACCCAACGGCAACCAAGCCGGGGACGCUCCGGCUGAAAAUCGGACGCACGAGCAACGUGCACCGCCGAAUGGCCGAAUGGACCCGACAGUGUUCCUACGACCUGACCCUUAUCCGCUAUUACCCUUAUACCCAUACUGUGUCUGGGUCUUCUUCUCCUGCUCGGGUGCCGUCGAAAAACGGCAAGAGUCAGCCUCUUGCUAAGAUGGUGCCUGGGCGGAAGGUUCCGCAUGUGCAUCGGGUAGAACGCCUGAUUCAUCUUGAGUUGGAUGCUCUACGGAUUAGGGACUUGGGUCAGUGUCCUGAGUGUGGGAAGGAACAUCAGGAAUGGUUUGAGGUUGAGGCUGCGAAGGAGUCGUUGCGUAGUGUUGAUGAGUGUAUUCGGAGGUGGAUUUCUUGGGCGGAGUCGAUGAAAUGA